AAAAAACGCUAAUCCGUCUCAUCCGGAUUUGUUCUUAGGGUUUCCUUCUUAUCUCUCGCGCACCGCUGAAUCUCUGCAUCUACAGGCUCCCGUGGUUCGAGGCGCUAAUUCUUCUCAAACUUGUGUUCAGCUGUUAAGGUGAAUGCUGAAGUCAUCUGUAGCCUCUCUCUGGGGAUUAAGAAUAUUUUAAAGAAGCAUUGAUGGAAAUGGCAGAGUUAAGUAGGUCCAUGCAGCUAGCAGGAAAGCAAAACUCACCACCUGAGACCACUCUAGGUGGUUCUGUACCCGAGGCACCAAACAAGCAGUAUAGACCAUGGUUACAGCAGUUGUCUCCUGCAAGCAACGGGAUUCUGCAUAUUCCGACUAAUGCGCUUUCUCAAAAGACACUAAAUUCGCUGAUGCAUGGCAAGAAUGUGACGCAAACGGACCCUGCUCCCCAGAAAUCUGGAAAGCAUGUUGUAAACAAGAAACCGCAUAUCCCACCUCGAGGGCCAGUGAAACCGAAGGAUGAAGUAAACGAGUCUGUGAGGUCUAAAAUGAGGGAGUCACUAGCCUCUGCGUUGGCCUUGGUUCAGAAAGAUGAGAAAUUCCCGAAUGGGAAAGAAAAUUUAAAGACUGAAGAAACUCCUGUGGUGAAUCUGGAGGAUACUCAAAGUUUACAACCUGCAUCGUCUGCUAGCUUCGAUGUCCCUAUAGGCGAAGGGACCAUGUCAGAAUUGCCCACCGGUGUCGAAAGUUCUGUGCAGAAGGACAGUGAGAUUCCCGUCAACAUCAGGAUGGAAGAAGCUAAUCAAUCAGAUGGACUUAAGUCUCAAUAUGACGAGGUUUUCCCUCGGCAUGAUGUUCCUUUUACAGAUAUUAUUUUUCCCAACGAUGACCUUUUACAGGGUAAUGAACUCUCAUGGGUUCUGGACAAUGUUUCAGAUCUUGGCGACACAAAAGAUUAUGGAACCGAUGGUGAAAAGCUAGUUCAGGAUCCAGAAAAUUUGGCAUCGAAGAUUGAAAUGGAACUCUUUAAGCUAUUUGGAGGUGUGAACAAAAAGUACAGAGAGAAGGGUAGGUCCCUUUUAUUCAAUUUGAAGGAUAAGAACAAUCCUGAGCUAAGAGAAAGAGUUAUGUCUGGAGCGAUCUCUGCUGAGAGGCUGUGUUCUAUGACAGCCGAAGAAUUAGCUUCUAAGGAGCUUUCUGAGUGGAGACAAGCUAAAGCUGAGAAGAUGGCUGAGAUGGUUGUCCUGCGGGAUACAGAUAUUGAUGUGAGACGUCUGGUGAGGAAGACGCAUAAGGGUGAAUUCCAGGUUGAAAUUGAUCCCGUUGACAGUAGCACGGUAGAUGUCUCUGCUGGCAUCACAUCACUUAGCAAACGUCGACCCAGAGCCAAAUCUGAUUCUGCCAAAACCACUCGCAAAGAUACGACAGCGAAAGCUGAUCAAGCAACGUCUCAUGAUACUCCUCCCUCAGCUGAAGAGGUCGAUCCCAUGCAAGGUUUGGCGAUGGAUGAUGAGUUGAAGGACGUGGAGUUUCUUCCUCCAAUUGUAUCGCUUGAUGAAUUCAUGGAAUCCUUGGACGCUGAGCCUCCGUUUGAGAGUCCGCAUGGUAAUUCUGAAUUGCAGGUGUCUGCGUCUGAGAAAAGUGACUCCGAAGUUGGGCCACACUCAAAGUCUCCUAAAGAAUCUCCUAAGGAACUAAGUGAUAAAGGUUCUCCUAAACCAAACCCGGAGAAGAUUGAUGAAGUUUCCCCAAAAUCUGGUGCCAGUGUCAAACUUGAGGACGAUGCCUCUGGAGUUGAGAAAACGCCCUCCAUUGCAGUUGUGAAGGGGGAAAGAGUAUGGGAUGGAAUACUGCAACUGAGUGUGUCUUCCAUAGUACCUGUCACUGGAAUUUUCAAAAGUGGUGAGAAAGCAGACACGAGCGAGUGGCCGGUGAUGGUGGAAGUGAAGGGUAGAGUUAGGCUGAGUGGGUUUGGGAAGUUUAUUCAAGAGCUUCCCAAGUCUCGAAGCCGUACCCUAAUGGUAAUGUACUUGGCUUGUAAAGAUGGCAUUUCUAAGAGCCAGCGUGGCAGCCUUUUUGAGGUUGUUGAUUCCUACGUCGCUGAUCAAAGAGUAGGCUACGCAGAGCCAAGCUCAGGCGUGGAGCUUUACCUUUGCCCAACACGUGGAGAGACUUUAGAUUUGUUGACCAAAGUCAUUUCUAAAGACCAGCUCGAUGAGAUCAAGUCUUUGGAUAUUGGACUGAUUGGAGUUGUUGUGUGGAGACGACCCGUUCACAAGCCUGGCUCGAAACGUCCGCAUUUUUCUUCUUCUUCUUCUUCAUCUUCUGGUUCUAGAACCGCUGUUUUGUCUGAAAACAAGAAGCAGAGAGUGAAUGUCACAGAGAAACCUCUUGUUGCUGCAUCAAUUAAAAGUCAUCACCAUGGUUAUGGAGUUAAACCCGUGAAAGAUGAUAAUGAUGAUGGUGAUGUGCCGCCUGGAUUUGGUCCCGUAGCUUCGAGAGAUGACGAUGAUUUACCGGAGUUCAAUUUCAAUUCCUCGGUUGUGCCAGUUUCAUCUCCUCAGCCAUUGCCGGCUCAAUCCAAGUCUUUGGAUCAAGUAAGAAAGCUCAUACACAAGUAUGGAAAAUCUGCAAGCGUCUAUGAUGAUGAUGAUGACGAUGACAUACCCGAAUGGCAGCCACAUGUCCCAAGCCACCAGCUUCCACCACCGCCGCCUCCACCUCCCGGCUUCAGGCCCGAGAUGGGUCUUCAGGAUCAUAACAGAGCGAUGGUUAGACCACCACAAGAUUCAGGGCAACACUAUGAUCGGAACCGGCCAAGAAACAGAGGAUUUUAAAAUAUCUGUUGAUAGUAUUCUCUGUAAUUCUAGUUUUUUUUUUUGUUUUGUUCCGUUAAUCUCUCUCUUAGCUUUUAUUCGAAACUCUCACACCUUCGUUUUUUAGCCAUCGUAGAAUGCAAAGCUCGAAGUAGUGCUACUUUUUAAACAAAACUUCUAAAACAGUUUUUUUUUUUUUGUUUCUUAGAAAACGAAAACCAGCUUUGCUCUGCUUUUUAAUAAUACCAAUGGAUUUG